AGCUUGGGGCUUGGGCCGAGUGGUGACGUAGGGCCGUCCCGUUGCAGGAUAAUAAGCAGUCAUCUGGCGGGAACACUGUCUUCUCUGCGCUGAGCUCCGGCGAUCCAUUUACCUUGCUGUCGUUAAGUAGCUUCUCUUCCGGCGAAGUUCUUGUUACAGGCUGAUCCAUCGCGUGUGAUGGAUUCGGAUCUGGUCGAUUCAGGGUUGCAGGCGGUGACCUCCGAUACGGAAAAGCUAUCCAUCAAUGAUCCGCUCACUAAUGAGUUUGCCUCUCUCAACGACGUGUGCCACGAGCUUUCCUCUCUACAGGAGCUCGCUGCCCGUGGCUCCUGGCGCUCGAUAAUCGACAAGGUUGCUCGAGCAAGGGCUCUCUCACUUCUCAAAAAACCCCACGAUCAUCUCUCCUAUCUCGCCUACAACGUCCUCGCCUUCACAAAACUGCGCCGUUUCAAUGAAGCAUCUGCUGAGCUCGAUUCCAUGGAAGAUCUCAACAGUUCUCACUACCAGUACGAAACAUAUCCGAAGAUUUAUCCUAAUCGAUCCGGUUCCAUGGUGCCUUUCUGCAUUCGGUGGCUUCACGCGGUGGUCCCUAUUAAAUUAGGUCAACGCCAGGAAGGUAUAGAUAGGAUGUACAUUCUCCUUGAUUUUGUGCGUGAGAAGUUGAAGGAGAAGGAAAUGAAAGGUCUUGGUGUUUCUCUUGAUGUGUGGAGAAAAAGGGAGGUGUUUGUAAUGAAUUCAAUAAUCGGGUACCACUUGACCAACAAAGAGUUUAGUGUAGCAUUGAGUUUGAUUAAAGAUUUGCUUAAUCAUGAUUCUUCGGAUGCCACAUUAAUUUCGAAACUAGGGUAUAUUCAAAUGCAAAUUGGUGAUUUAGAGGGCGCGAAAGCUUCGUUCAAUCAGAUCGAGGUUUUGAUGAAAGAGAAUAAGACUAAUGGAUCACUGAGCGAGACUGAGCUUAAGAAUCUUGUGAGCCGAAAUAAGGCCUUAGUAUAUAUGGUUGGGAAGGAUUACAUCUCCGCUGUGAGAGAGUAUGAAGAGUGCAUUGACAGAGACCAUGCGGACGUACUGGCUAUAAAUAAUAAAGCCCUUUGUUUGAUGUAUUUGAGGGAUUUGUCUGAUUCCAUCAAAGUCCUAGAAAAUGCGCUUGAAAGAGUUCCUACGGUGGCUCUGAAUGAGACGCUUGUUGUGAAUUUAUGUAGUAUGUACGAGUUAGCGUAUGUUAAUCACUCUGAUAUCAAGAAAACGCUCAGCAAUUGGAUAGCACGUGUUGCUCCGGAUGACUUUGAUGCAACAUGUACCCGAGCAUGAGUGAAGUGCAAUGUGGCUUCAAUCUGGUUUGUGUGAUAGAAUAAGGUAUUCAGGAAUGAAGGAAUCAGGUGAAUGGGAAUCAUUGCAUCCCAAUGAGCUUGAUGCUUUGUUUAAUGAGCCCCUAGUGAAAUUAUGGACGAUACAGCCCGUUCGGAAGUGUUAUUCCUAUAUUGUCUUCUACUAUUUUUGCGUAUGUUGAAUUGGUCUUUGGAAAUUCGAAGGUUCAGCAAAACAAUAGCUUAAAUCAGUGAAAUGUCUUAAUGAAUCUGCCUCAUAGCUGGUAUCUGGCAAAGGUUUCCACUAUGCUUGAGGGGAAUCUUUUGAAGUAGGGGUUCAUGGUGCUAAAACUAUGUGAUUGGCCCUUGUGGUAUUUUCACGUGUGAUUAUCAGUGAAACUUUCAUGUGACAAACAUGUGGCCUUUAUUGAUGAUAGAUUGACUGUCUUCCAAAUUACUGCGUCCCCUUCAUUUAUCUAUCGUACACUAAUCCGAUAGUUUUCUUGAUUUGCCUCUUGUAAUACUAACAGUUUUGAUCUAUGGGAAAAUCAUAUUAGUUAUAACU